CCAAUUUAUUACACUAGUGAAUAUAUAACCCAGCCAGUAACUCCUCUCUUCUCUCUCCACCUAUACUUACAUACAUAUAUAGUCACAGCGAGAGAGAGAGAGUGAGUGAGAGAGAGAGAUGGGAGAUGAGGUGAUGGAGGAAGAUAAUACAUGGAACAGAAAGAAACAGAUUGUAAUUGAACAAGUGGCUAAUAAAGUUAUAUAUGGCGAAGAUAUAUAUGCGAAAAUUCAGGGGGCUCGAGAUAUUAGACGGCUUGUUAGAAACUCGUCGGCGGUUAGAGCGAGAUCUAGUUUCGCCGCCGCCGGUGUCAUUCCGGCGCUGAUUCCGAUGCUCUCGGAGGUCAAUUUUGAGGCGCGGGAGGCUGCUCUUGUUGCUUUGCUCAAUCUUGCCGCGAGAAAUGAACUGAACAAGGUCAGCAUAGCUGCUUCUGGUGCUAUCCCUCCUCUAGUGGAGCUGCUAAAUAUCCAGAGUGGCAAUCUAAGAGAGCUAGCUACAGCUGCAAUUCUGACACUUUCAUCUGCUCUGCCCAACAAGCCAAUAAUAAUAGUCUCUGGUGCUGCACCUCUUCUAGUACAGAUCCUUAGCUCUGCAAGUCUUCAAGGAAGGGUUGAUGCAGUAACAGCCCUCCAUAAUCUUUCCACUUGCAAUGAAGAUCCUGCUUUGGUUCUCGAUGCUAGAGCUGUACCUCCUCUCAUUAAUCUUCUCAAAGAGUGCAAGAAGUACUCCAAGUUUGCUGAAAAAACUACUGCGUUACUUGAAAGGCUUUCUAUGUCCGCGGAAGGGAAAACAGCGAUCAGAAAUGUAAAUGGUGGAAUACUAACCCUUGUAGAAACAGUUGAAGAUGGAUCCCUUGUUAGCACAGAACAUGCAGUUGGAGCUUUGCUCACAUUAUGCCAGAGCUGCAGAGAUACGUACCGUGAACUCAUCCUUAGAGAAGGUGCAAUACCAGGCCUUCUACGGCUAACAGUAGAGGGCACACCUGAAGCUCAGGAUCGAGCUCGGACACUUUUGGACCUGCUUAGAGAUGCUCCUCCAGAAAAAAGACUAGCUUCCUCUGUUAUGGAGAAAAUUGUUUAUGACAUUGCAACCCGGGUCGAUGGAUCUGAUAAAGCUGUUGAAACAGCCAAGAAAUUACUGCAUGACAUGGUUCAGAGAAGUAUGGAGUUAAGCAUGAGCAACAUCCAGCUCAAGGCUGCAUCUAGUACACCUUCAGACGUCCCCCCUUCGUGAUAGAUUUUCUGACAAGGACUUGUUGGUAGAAUAUCUGAAGUUAAAGAAGGAAGACACCAAUAAGAUUCGGGUAGUGCCCAGUUAACCCUUGACUUCAACACGCUAAUACUGAUAACUAGAUUAGGUAGUACUGGUGGGAAUUUUUAGAGCCCUGUGAGGUGAUUUUUCUAACCUUAUAUCGGGCAUGGUCCGUUGUUUCACUAUGUCCCCGAUGUUGUAAAAGUUCUACUUGUACAUUUCUAUUAAUUUUAGCCUGGAGAGCAGAAGUUGUGCUUACCAGAAUGUGCAACACUAGUUUAGAUUUUGGCCUCUUGGUAGAGAUUUGGUGGUAAUACAGUAGUUCCAUAUUUUGCAAA